AUGCCGGGCAAAACCUCUUCCCCUCCUCGCAUCACCAAAUUCACCAACUGCCGCAUCAUCCGAGGCAAUGAUCUUAUAGAACAAGAUGUCUGGAUAGAUUCUCUCUCCGGCAAGAUUCUUCGGGCCCAGGAGGCCUUUUAUGGUCUGCAUCUUUCUCCCGAUGAGGUCAUCGACUUGGGCGGCCGCAUCUUGGCUCCCGGCCUCAUCGACGUGCAACUGAACGGUGCCCAAGGCUUUGAUUUCUCCGUUCCUUGUGCCUCGAGAGAGGAGUACGAAGAAGGUUUGUGUAUGGUCAACAAGGGCCUUGCUCGCACCGGUGUGACUUCAUAUCUUCCAACUGUCGUUAGCUCUACCCCAGAAGUGUACUGGAAGGUACUCCCUUCCCUAGGACCACCGGGAAACACACAUUCUGCGGAGGAUGGAGCAGAAUCGCUGGGUGCACAUGUAGAGGGCCCGUUCAUUAGUCCGGGUCGCAACGGUGUCCACAAAACCGAAGUCUUGCAGGCUGCCAAAGACUUCGAAGAUCUUAUCGAGUGCUACGGCAAGGAUAAUUUGACUGGCAACGCCCAAACGGUGAAAAUGAUCACCGCUGCUCCAGAGGUCGGGAACAUGAUCGCGAAUAUAUCGUCCCUGACUUCCCGGGGUGUCAUCUUUUCUAUCGGUCAUUCUGACGCCACGUACGAGCAAGCGAUGACGGCCACAAUACAAGGCGCGACCAUGAUCACCCACCUAUUCAAUGCCAUGCGACCUUUCUAUCAUCGAAACCCCGGUAUUUUUGGUCUGCUGGGUCAGAACGAACGCCGUCGACCCUUCUAUGGCGUGAUUGCUGACGGUAUUCAUCUUCAUCCUACCUCCAUCCGCAUCGCGUACAAUGCCCACCCGGAUGGACUCAUCCUGGUCACCGAUGCUAUGAAGCUCUGCGGCCUCCCGGAUGGCAUCUACGAGUGGACUAACGGCGAGCGCAUCGUUAAAACUGGAGCCCGUCUAACUCUCGAAGGGUCGGACAAGAUUGCCGGCAGCUCCGCCACCCUCAUCGAGUGCGUCAACAAUUUCCGCCGGUGGUCGGGAGCCUCGACCGCAGAGGCUCUCAAUUCCGUCACAGCCACCCCGGCACGUCUCUUGGGGCUGCAAGGCAUUAAGGGCUCUCUGGAUAGCGGUGCCGACGCGGAUUUGGUCGUGCUCAGCGACGAGACAGAUCCCUACUCGGGACCCACUUUGACGGUUGAUCAGGUGUGGAAGCGUGGAGUCAAGAUCUUCGAUACCGAGAAAGGGGCAGCCGUGGGCCAAGCGUGA